AACACAGCUUUCUAAUGUCGGCUUCUUUUUAAGAAUAGCUACCAUUAAAAUAAACGGAGACGAUAAUAAAGCUAUUUCAUGGGUUUUCUACUUCUUAAUAUUCGCAAGCUGUGCAUGCUACACCUCCGCUUACAUUUUCAAUGCGAUUUGGUUUGUUUUCGUGCGAUGUGUUGAAACCAAUGAUUUCAUAACAGCUAUGGUAGCACUUUCUCUUACAACUUGCAGUGCGAGCUGCGUCGUAAAAUUCUUUUACAUGAAGUUGUUCAAACCCCAGUUAAUGGGUUUAGUUGAUGAAUAUUUAUAUAGUGACACGUUAGUGGAGAGAAGUACUCGUUUCGCCAAUAAUCGUCUGCAAAAUCUUAGGCUUGUUAAAAGGCGUGCUAUAAUAGUAUGGACCAUCCUAAUAAGUAAUGCAAUAAUAUAUGUCAUCGAGCCAUUAUUGAGACCCGGUCGCCAUUUUACUGCAGAUUUAUACGUCAUUUAUGGCUUGGAGCCCAUGUUUGAGUCGCCCAAUUAUGAAAUAAUUUAUGUUAUUGAAGCAGCGUCUAUAUAUUUCUCUGUUUGGACAACAGUACACUUAACAUUAUUAAUAUUUGUCGUCCUGGGAUGUAUAGAAGCACAAUUGCUGGCACUGAGUGAAGAACUUAAUAAUAUAUGGGAAGACAGCUACAAGUAUUACAAACAAAUGAGAACCGAAACGAAUAUUUUAUUAGAAACACAUUUUUGAGACGACGUUUGCGGGAUAUUGUGAGGUUUCACAUAGUUAAUAUACAUCUCAGACGUAUCGUUGAUAAGGUUACCCGUUUUAUUUUUGGUGUUGAUUGCGCGUUUAUGAUUCUUGCCAUUGUAACCGAACUUGUCGGCGGUUUGGAAAAUACAUUCGUGCAAUUCCCUUUCACUAUUGGUAUUGUGUUCAUAG